UGCUUGUCAUGUUUAGUCUUAACAAUCGAUUUAUAUCGAAAAGACGACCUCUCAUCUUGAUAUGUAUCUCUUUAUUACUUCUUUUUCAUCUUUGGAAUGUGACUUACGAUGUCAAAGAUCAACAAAAUAUAACCAACAACAAUCCACCGAAACAAUACAAAGCACCUGAUCGUUCUCAUCCGGGUCCUGACUUGGAACAUUUGAUUAUAGAACAUGAUACCAAGGAGAAACAACAUAACAAUACACAAUACUUAUUUCAAUCUCGUUUACCUCAUAUUCAAUUCGACUUUGAACCUGAAUCUCAAGAUUAUAUCACUUUACGACAGCAACGCCAAUCUGAUAUUAAGAAAGCUUUUUUACAUGGAUGGAAUGGUUAUAAAAAAUAUGCUAUGGGUCAUGAUGAAUUGAAACCACUCACCAACAGAACAAAUAAUCCGUUCGGUCAUUGGGGUGCUACUUUGGUUGACUCACUUAGUACGAUGGCUAUCAUGCAAUUGGACAGAGAACUAGAAGAUGCUCUUCCAGAGGUAGAGAAAAUUACUUUUGAAUUGGAAGGAAGUAUCAUUGUUUUUGAAGCUAUUAUUCGUUAUAUGGGUGGUUUACUUAGUGCUUAUGAACUCUCAGGACAAAAACACAAAGUUUUGAUACAAAAGGCUGAACAACUUGGAAAUAUGUUAUCUCCUUCCUUUGAUACACCUACUGGACUUUUUCCUCAUCAAUGGAAUCCUUCAAAUCAUGAUUCUCCUGAUAAAGGUGUUUUGGUUGCUGAUCUUAGUAUGCAUUUGGAAUUAUUCACAUUAUCAUAUCAUACCAAGGAUUGGUCAUUCGCUAAGAAGGCACAAGCGAUUACUAACUUUAUGGAAAAAAUGGAUAAAGAUCAUGGAUUACAUAUAACUGGUUUAUAUCCAACUGGAAUCAAUAUAUAUACUGGUCAUUUCACUGAUCCUGUUUGUCGAUUAGGUGCCAUGGGGGAUAGUUGGUUUGAAUAUUUACUGAAACAACAUUUAUUAGUGGAUGGAUCAAUGCCACAAUAUAGUCGAAUGUAUUUGGAAUCCUUGGAUGCAAUGAAGAAAAACGUAUUUUCUCAGUUACCUGGUCAUGAAAUGAUUUUCGUACCACCUUUUGAUACCUUGUCUAAAACAAAACAUAUUACAAUGGAUCAUUUAUCAUGCUUUGUACCCGGAAUGCUUGCCCUUGGUUCCAAAACAUUCAAUCAACCUGAAGACUUGGUCAUUGCAAAAGGAACUCUAGAAGCCUGUAUGCAUUUGUAUCGCACAUCAAAUACUGGAUUGGGUGCAGAAAUGUGGUCGUUCACUGGCGCAGAACCAUAUAAUCGUGUAACUUAUCAACACACCAUCGACCAACUGGAAAAAUCAAAAUUAUCAUCAGAGAAACAAUCAGCAAAACAAAAUGAUCCUCUCUAUCAAUUACCUCCUCGACCUUCAAGAUUAGAUCAAGUCCAUGUGAUAGAUGGCAAAUAUCACUUACGACCAGAAACGUUGGAAAGUCUGUUUGUUCUUUAUCGUAUUACCGGUGAUCAAAAAUACCAGGAAUAUGGAUGGGAAAUCUUUCAAGCGAUUGAAAAAUACUGUAAAACAUCUAGUGGAUAUGCUGCUGUACAGAACGUGGAUAGAGACAUGUCUGAUGAUCAAGUAGAAUACAAUCAAAUGGACUCGAUGGAAAGUUUCUUGUUUGCCGAAACAUUCAAAUAUCUAUAUCUAUUAUUUAGUCCAACGGAUGUGAUAUCUCUUGAUCAAUACGUAUUCAAUACUGAAGGACAUCCUAUUCGCCGUAGACAUUGGAAACGACAAAAUUGAUUAGACUCUCCUGGUUCUAGUAAAUAUAUUUAUUUUAUUUGUUUAUUUUUAUUUGUUUGCCAUUUCCUUGUAGACGUACCAACUUCCAAAGAUAAUAAAGUUUAUUCUUGAUUCCCUCCCUUUU